ACGCCGUACAACGAUACACUGAUACUGUUCGCUUUUCUUACUUGCUCCAUUUGCUGCUACGUCUACUACUACACACUGGACAUUCACAGUCUGGCAAGUUGUUGUGGUGUCUUGCAGUCUUAAAAACAGAGAAUCUGGAUUUGGGAGUUUCAAAACUCCCAAAAUUUUUUUUUCUUUGAACAAUCCUUCUGCUCAAAGCGUGUUAUUACUCGAAUCGCCUUUUUCCAUCACCGCACAGGCCGAACGAUCAACAUGGCUACCGCAUUACCUCCUCCCUCGAAACGGACACGACGUGAAGCACAGCUGCCAAAGGAGACCAAUGUGAUCCCGGCAGAUUUGCCGUUCGUGCAGGUGCAGUUUCGCGCAGCGGAUACGGGGCACGUUACCGGCGGCAUGACUCGCGUCCCUGGCAGUGCGACUACCAAGCAACUUGAACUUUUGCUGAAUGGACUGUUGGAUACUACCGACGAUCCGACACCAUAUUCAUUCUCGCUCGUCAACAGCACUGGAGCGCCAGUGUCGAUCGACAGCGACAUAUACACCGACGUUUUACGACCUAAGCACCAAACAACGGAAGAUGUGCUCACUAUCGAAUACGUUCCUCAGGCAGUCUUUCGAGUCAAGUCUGUGUCCAGAUGUAGUGCGACGAUGUCUGGCCACGGCGGUACUAUCCUCGCGACCGCUUUCUCGCCAAAGGACGGUUCGCGCCUUGUGACUGGCAGCGGAGAUGGCACUGCGCGUGUCUGGGACUCUGAUACAGGAACUCCGGUUGCGGUACUGAAAGGACACGACAAGUGGGUUUUGUGCGUCGCCUGGAGUCCGGAGGCGGAUGUUAUUGCCACAGGUAGUAUGGACUCUUCUGUUCGUCUGUGGGACGCAAAGACAGGCAAACAGCUCGGCAACGCGAUGAAAGGACACUCAAAGUUUGUCACUUCACUCUCAUUUGAGCCGAUCCACCUGUUGGAGGGUGGAAAGGGUAUCAGACUUGCGUCAGCCUCGAAGGACUGUACUGUGAGAGUCUGGGACGUUGCCUCACGGACCAUCAUACAAACUCUGAGUGGUCAUACCGGAUCUGUCACUGCAGUCAAGUGGGGAGGAUUGGGCGUGAUUUACUCGUGCUCACAGGACAAGACGGUCAAGGUUUGGGAUGCUCGAGGCACUCAGAUCAAGCUGAUUAAGACGUUGAACGCACAUGCUCACUGGGUCAACUUUGCGGCUUUGAGCACAGAUUUCUUUCUCAAAACUGGAGGUUUUGAUCCUUUCUCAAAGGAUACGAGCAGUCGUGAAAUUGAAAAAGAUCGCGAGUUGAUGCGAACGAAUGCUAAAAGCCGAUUCCUGAAAGCUAGCAUAAAAAAUGGCAACGUUAUGGAGCGCGUCGUCACUGCGAGUGAUGAUCAGACUAUGUACCUGUGGAACCUGUUCCCGAACGGAGUCGUCAGCGAAGAUGCCUGCAACGCAAAGCCUGUUGCGAGAUUAGUUGGGCACCAGAAGCCUAUCAACCACGUUGCGUUUUCGGCCGACGGUCGUAUUCUGGCAUCCUGCUCGUUCGACAACAGUAUCAAACUAUGGGACGGUAUGACCGGUACCUAUCUUACUACGUUGCGAGGCCAUGUCGCGGCCGUCUACAUGUGCUCUUGGUCAGCUGAUUCGAGACUACUUGCAUCGUGCUCGAAGGAUUGUACGGUCAAGGUAUGGGAUAUCAAGCAAGGAAAGCUGUAUAUGGAUCUUCCGGGUCACAAGGACGAGGUAUAUGCUGUAGAGUGGAGUUCAGAUGGACGGGUUGUCGCGAGUGGCGGCAAGGAUAAGCAGGUGAAGUUAUGGAAGCAUUGAGUUGGAAAAGAAUACUGGUCUUCCUCUGUCCUCUGUAUCGAGAGGAUCAGAAAAGGAUGCAUUUUACUGUAAGAUAAAAAAGAUGAUACAAAUAAUUAUCCAAAAAAUCGAAAAGAAAC